GUGUGUAUGGUGGCGUCGGCCCUCUCUACAUGUCACCGGUGUAUGUGUGUGUUUGUGUGUGUGUGUGUGUGACAGCUGUCCUCUGUGUACUGUGGUGUACAGUUCAAGCACCAGCUUCAUACCCGUGGGGAGUAUUUACUUAAUUAAACAGACAUACAUUACUCUGAGAGACAGAAUAUUCACCACCCCCAACCCCCCUGUGCUCCCCUCCUCCCCCCCUCCAUCCAUCCCUCCUCCUGCAUCCCUCUCUCCACCCCUCACCCUAGGUAGCCAGCCCCGGUGAACACAUGUGCUGAGGAAUGACAUGCAGAGAGAGAGAGAGGUAGAGAGACAGAGAGGAGGGAGAGAGAGGAAGAGACGGAGAGGAUAGCUGGAUAGGAUAGGUGAGAGAGAGGGAUGAGCAGUGGUCUGGAUCAGGAGGGCCAGGAGAGAGCAGACACACAGCACUGUGGGCCAAGAUACAAUUUCCUUAGGAGCAGAGGGAAUGAAAGAAGAGAAGAGAGGAGAGGUGGAGUGUCUUUGGGUCUGGUUUCAUCCUCGAUCCCUGAGUCUCUCUCCGGGGAAGCACUCCAGACAUCUCUGUCUGGGUCCCUUUAAUUGAACUCUAUUUUUAAAACCUCUGUGGGAUUUAAUAUUUCGGAGUCUUUGUUAGGAGUUUUGCUUACCCGGAAGUCUGGACUCGACCGCAUCUUCAUUUCCUGUUGUUCCCGCACACCACCAGAGCUCACACCUGGAGGGGAAGUGACAUCACGCGACUGCUGCUGUCAGGGUGUGCGGUCGGUGAGGUGUGCGUGGGGUAGCUGGUCUCGAUGCUGGAGGUGGUCUGGGUGUGUGUGUGUGUGUGGUGCUCUCUACGCGUUGGUCCGUGACCUGCUGGGGUUCUGCUGCUCCCUCCACAUCACUCGGGUCUGAGGAGGGGAGUCUGGCUCUGGAGUCUGGCUCCACACCUUGGAUUGGUUUGCAUUCUGAGACCCAGAUCGACCUGAAGGCUUCAGGUGAUCCGGGGAAGACCGUUCAGGUUGGGGAUUAUUGGACGAUCGACUAGAAGGGCGCGGGUGUGUGUGUGGACUCAUCAUUGGAUAGAAGAAGAUGUACAAGCGACGGGACUACGUGGACCUGUACGAGAAGGACCAGGCCAAAUGGGCACUGAUACGCAAUGUCAACACUGUCUUUAAACACAACACCCUGCUACCGGGGGACUAUGUCUGGUUGGACCUGAAGACGGGUCGGGAGUUUGUGGUCCCGAUAGGCGCCGUGGUCAAACUAUGUGACUCUGGUCAGAUCCAAGUCUUAGACGACGAGGGCAAUGAACACUGGAUCUCCCCCCAGAACGCCACCAACAUCAAGCCCAUGCACCCCACCUCCAUCCAUGGGGUGGAGGACAUGAUCCGCCUGGGCGACCUCAACGAAGCUGGCAUCCUCCGUAACCUGCUCAUCCGCUACACGGAGAGACUCAUAUAUACUAACUGUGGAGGCAGGACAUACACAGGCUCCAUCCUGGUGGCAGUGAACCCCUACCAGGUGCUGCCCAUCUACACGGCCGACCAGAUCAGACUGUACACCAACAAGAAGAUAGGAGAGAUGCCACCGCACAUCUUCGCCAUCGCAGACAACUGCUACUUCAACAUGCAGAGGAACAACAGAGACCAGUGCUGCAUCAUCAGUGGAGAGUCAGGAGCUGGGAAGACUGAGAGCACCAAGCUGAUUCUUCAGUUCCUAGCAGCCAUCAGUGGACAACACUCCUGGAUAGAACAACAGGUGCUGGAGGCCAACCCUAUACUAGAGGCCUUUGGGAACGCUAAAACCGUCCGUAACGACAACUCCUCUCGCUUCGGCAAGUACAUCGACAUCCACUUCAACAAGAGAGGAGCCAUCGAGGGAGCCAAGAUAGAGCAGUACCUGCUGGAGAAGUCCCGGGUCUGCAGACAGGCUCGUGAUGAGAGGAACUACCACAUCUUCUACUGCAUGCUGAAGGGGAUGACACCUGACCAGAAGAAGAAACUCGGGCUGGCCAAGGCCACGGACUACACCUACCUGACCAUAGGUAACUGCACGGUGUGUGAUGGCCGAGACGACCUGAAAGAGUACUCUAACAUCCGCUCGGCCAUGAAGGUGCUGAUGUUCACCGACACGGAGAACUGGGAGAUCUCCAAACUUCUGUCCUCCAUCCUGCACAUGGGCAACCUGCGCUAUGAGGCUCGUACCUAUGACAACCUUGAUGCCUGUGAGGUGGUGCGUGGCCCGCAGCUCAUCACUGCAGCCACCCUUCUGGAGGUGGAUGCUAAGGACCUGAUGAACUGUCUGACCAGUAGGACUCUGAUCACCAGAGGAGAGACAGUCUCCACCCCUCUGAGCAUGGAGCAAGCUCUGGAUGUACGGGACGCCUUCGUCAAGGGUAUCUAUGGGCGUCUGUUUGUGUGGAUCGUAGAGAAGAUCAACGCGGCCAUCUAUAAGCCUCCGUCCCACGAGCCCAAAUCUCUGAGACGUUCCAUAGGCCUGCUGGAUAUCUUUGGCUUCGAGAAUUUCACCAUUAACAGUUUUGAGCAGCUGUGCAUCAACUUCGCCAACGAGAACCUGCAGCAGUUCUUCGUGCGUCACGUGUUCAAGCUGGAGCAGGAGGAGUACAACCUGGAGCACAUCAACUGGCAGCACAUCGAGUUCACAGACAACCAGGACGCCCUGGACAUGAUCGCCAUCAAGCCCAUGAACAUCAUCUCCCUCAUCGACGAGGAGAGCAAGUUCCCCAAGGGUACAGACACCACCAUGUUGAAUAAGCUGAACUCACAGCAUAAGCUCAACACUAACUACAUCCCCCCUAAGAACACGUAUGAGACUCAGUUUGGCAUCCAGCACUUUGCUGGAGUCGUCUACUAUGAAACACGAGGUUUCCUGGAGAAGAACAGAGACAGUCUGCAUGGUGACAUCAUCCAGUUGGUCCACUCCUCCAAGAACAAAUUCAUCAAGCAGAUAUUCCAGGCCGACGUUGCCAUGGGGGCGGAGACCAGGAAGCGUUCCCCCACUCUCAGCAGCCAGUUCAAGCGCUCUCUGGAGCUGCUCAUGAGAACCCUCAGUGUGUGUCAGCCCUUCUUCGUACGCUGCAUCAAGCCCAACGAGUUCAAGAAACCCAUGCUGUUUGACCGGGAGCUGUGCGUGCGUCAGCUGCGCUACUCUGGGAUGAUGGAGACCAUUCGCAUCCGCCGCGCCGGCUACCCCAUCCGCUACACCUUCGUGGAGUUUGUAGACCGCUACCGAGUCCUCAUGCCUGGAGUCAAACCAGCCUACAAGCAGGAGGACCUGAGGGGGACGUGUCAGAGGAUCGCUGAGGCGGUGCUGGGCCGGGACGACGACUGGCAGAUGGGAAAGACAAAGAUCUUCCUCAAGGACCACCACGACAUGUUGCUGGAGAUUGAGAGGGACAAGGCCAUCACUGACAAGGUCAUCCUCAUCCAGAAGGUGGUCAGGGGCUUCAAGGACAGGUCGAACUUCCUGAAAAUGAGGAAGUCAGCCAUGUUUAUUCAGAAGACGUAGGGUUACAACUGUCGCAAGAACUACGUAGCUAUGCGAGCAGGAUUCUCUCGUCUCCAGGCCCUCUAUCAUUCCAGGAAGUUGUACGUGACCUACCACGUUACUCGUCAGCGAAAGCGCUUCCAGGCCCAUUGCCGGGGCUGCCUGGUGCGCACGGCGUUCCGUCACCGUCUGUGGGCCGUCAUCACCAUCCUCUACACACGCGGCAUGAUCGCACGCCGCCUCUACAGGAGGCUGAAGGGAGAGUACCGGCGGCGGCUGGAGGCAGAGAAGAUGCGCCUGGCCGAGGAGGACAAGCUGAAGAACCAGAUGAGCGCCAAGCGGGCCAAGGUGGAGGCGGAACGCAAGCACCAGGAGCGCCUGGCUCAGCUGGCCAAGGAGGACGCGGAGCGGGAGAGGAAGGAGAAGGAGGAGGCCAGGAAGAAGAAGGAGAUGGUGGAGCAGAUGGAGAGCCGCCAGGAGCCCGUCAACGACUCGGACAUGGUGGAUAAGAUGUUCGGCUUGGGCACCACAAACUCCUUCCCUGGCCAGGAGGGGCAGGCGCGACUGGGUUUGAGGACCUGGAGCGUGCUCACCGGGAGCUAGAGGAGGAGGAUCUGGACGAGGCUCUGCCCCUGCCCGAGGACGAGGAGGACGACCUGUCAGAAUACAAGUUUGCCAAGUUCGCUGCCACCUACUUCCAGGGCUCCACCACACACACGUACGUGAGGCG